UUAGGCUCCUUCGAAGACCCCACAGACUCUCGCACCUCUGGCUCCGCCCGCCUAGUUUUUCCCGCCUUUUCGGGCCUCGGGGUGGUUGCCAGUGCCAGUUGAGGGAAAAGGGCGACCCCCAUCGCCUCACAAGCCAGAUCCUUCAGGAUGGAUUGGUUUCACUGUAAUCAAUGCUUCCGAAAAGAUGGCACCCAUUUCUUUGUAACCAGCUGUGGCCAUAUUUUCUGUAAAAAAUGUGUGACUAAAGAAAAAUGUGCUGUAUGUGGAGCUGCCUGCAAGCAUCUGGCUCUCUCUGAUAAUCUAAAACCUCAGGAGAAGAUGUUUUUUAAGAGCCCUGUGGAGACAGCUCUGAAGUAUUUUAGUCACAUCUCACAGCAGGUAUGGAGUUUCCAGAAGAAACAGACAGAUCUGCUUAUCACCUUUUAUAAACACAGACUUUCUAAGUCAGAAGCCGCCAUGCAGGAGGCCCAACGGACAGUGGCCAGUCAGGACAAGGAGCUAGUAGUCCUAAGGAAGGAAAAUGGGGAGCUGAAGAAAUUCCUGGCCAUCCUGAAGGAGUCUCCUAGCCGAUGCCAAGGAAGCAGGUCUACCACUCCCCGGCCAGUAGGCAUCACUUCCCCGUCACAAUCAGUUACUCCACGACCCAGUUCCCAGCACAGCAACCAGGUAGUCAGUCGAUCUUCUUCCUUGGAAUCCAUUCCAUACAGAGUGCCUGGCUUUGGUAGCUUUGGUCAGCAGGGCAACAGAGGCCUGCAGGGAAGAAAUACUCCCAGGGAAUCUUAUGCAGACACUCCUUCACCAGCUUCUACUAAUAGCCUAUCUUAUUGGGCUCUCUCUGCUUCCUCAGGACCAGGGAUUUCCUCUGUCAGGCCUUAUCUAGAUGGUAUUGGUGGGAAUACAGGUCUCACGCCCAGCAGCUCAAGCCAGAGUGUUGGUAGAUCAGCACCAGAGACUCCUGUGGCUUUCCAGCUACCAGUCCUGCAGCUCCAGGUCACCUCCCAGACACCUCAAUUGCAUCAAAGUAGGUUCUCCACCAACAGAGGCCGAUGCGAUUAGUGAGAGUGAGGCAUGGGCCUUUCCCUGCUUUUGGAUCAAACUCUUCCCUAUGUCCCCAUACUAUCCUGUAUAUGUUGCCAGUGGGACACACUAUAGUUGUAGUUAAUCUUCUUCAGGAUGUUCCCAGAGUGUUAAAAAAAAAAAAAGAUCUCUUAAUCCUUCUUGCUUUCAAGGUACACUGUUAUCUACUCAAAGAUUCCUUUGCUUUUUGGGUAUCUGGGAAAAGAGGCAGACCUAAGAUACUUCUAUAUAUGGGUGCUUUGGAAAGAUGGCUAUUUUUCCUCCCACAGGUCACAUGUAAAUAUUAUUAUCUCAUGCAGUUGCAGUUGAAAUGCAGGAUGUAAACAGGCCCCAGUACAAACGUGGUGAACACAUAUUCACCAACUACACUUCAAAAUUGUUUCAUUUCUUAGUUCAGGGUAGCAUUUCCCAUGGCCAGGAGCAAGCCCUCAGCAUUAGAUUCAGUUCUUCCUCUCUCUACUUUGUCCUGUGCUUACAUAUUAUAUCCAUAUACUUGUAGCCCCUUUUAUGCCUAGUUACUAUUAA